AUCCAAGCGACGCCGACAUGGAAAAAAGCAGCGAGCACGAGACGACGGAAUCCACGAGGGGCGUCUAGUGAGUAUAACGGUUCGAUUCCGAAAAAACGCAAGAUCGAUGUGGAUUCUGUUGAUUUAAGCGAAGACGAGGAGGAGAAGGACGAAGAAGAAGACAGCUGCGAAAGCGACCAAGCUUGGGGAUUCGAUAGCUUCGAUGAAACAGAUUAUGAAUCCGAGCAGAGUGAUGAUGAUGAGGAAUUUGAAUGGAAUCGGUAUCUGUGCCACGUUUACAACAGCCGGGGUUUCAAGGUGGAUAGUGAAAUCAUUCCAGAUCGGCCUUUCCAAGGGUUUCGUCCAUUCAAUUUCAAUGGUUCGUUUCUGCCCAACAUCUCCGGACGUGAGUACAUGGACAAUAUGGCAAAUUUGGCUCUUGAUAAGUACAACCAACUCAAUCAAACCAAUGUGGUGUUUGACCAUGUCGUGAGGGUCGUGGUGAAAUUGAGCACUGGGGUCAAAUCCUACAUAACUUUCAUGGCUAGGGAGUCUCAGCAAGGUGAUCUCGUUGAGUAUCAAGCCAAGACUGACUGGAAGGUGUGGCAGAGAAAUGCUCAUGCCAUUCUCUGCAGACCAGCUCCUGAGAUGAAACCUAUUCCAGAGAGAUAUUUACCCAAACCUCUGCCCACCCACUCCUAAACAGAUAAAAAAGGUGUGAUGAAUUUUAUGGUUUAUGAUGAUCUAAUUGCCAAUGAUAUUUGUUUUGUUCUUUCUCUAAUUGCAGGUAAGUGAUGCCAUUGAGCUCGCUGGUUCUGGUUAUUAAUCAUUUUACAUGCUCAUUCAUUCUGUGGUUUUACGAAACUCCAAACAUCUAAUUAACAAAAAAGUAGAAGAAAA